AGUAAAUGGAGGGAAAUGGUGAAGACUCGGCCAUUAUCUGUCGCAAAUACACGAUUAUAAUCUGCUACUGCAGCUAGAGGUGUUACUUCAGCUUCAAUAGCACCGCCAUCAUCACCAUGACAAUUGAAACACCCCAAGUUCGAAUCGUGGAAGUAGGACCCCGCGAUGGCCUCCAGAAUAUCCGCGCAAAAGUGCCCACGUCAACGAAAUUGGACCUGAUUCACCGUCUCCGGGAUACCGGACUUCGUACGAUCGAACUCACGUCUGUCGUGUCGCCGCGUGCGAUACCACAACUUGCGGAUUGUCGUGAGAUCUUGGGACAUGCCUCUGUGAAAUCCCUUCUCCAGAAUAACCAGGCUGGUCUGCGAUUUCCGGUUUUAGUCCCCAAUGUCAAAGGAUUAGAUAUUGCUGUACAGCAUAGGGUGAAAGAAGUCGCUGUUUUUAUCAGUGCGACAGAGGGAUUUAGCAAAGCGAACAUCAAUUGCUCGGUCGAGCAAGGGAUCGCGAGGGCUACGGGAGUGGCCGGUUUGGCAACCAAGGCGGGCGUUACUGUGAGAGGAUAUGUGUCCUGCAUCUUCGCGGAUCCAUACGAUGGUCCCACUCCCAAAGCUGCGGUUUUGCACUGCGUCAAAUCUCUGCUGGAUGCAGGCUGCUACGAGAUCAGUCUCGGGGAUACCCUAGGCGUGGGUUCACCGUCAGAUGUAAGCGCCCUGCUUAAAUAUCUGGCUAGCCACGGAAUUCCGUUCACAAAAUUGGCUGGUCACUUCCAUGACACAUACGGUCAAGCCGUCGCCAAUGUCUGGGAGGCAUAUACCUGUGGCUUGCGGGUAUUUGACAGCAGCGUCGGCGGGUUGGGAGGAUGCCCCUUCGCGCCAGGUGCAAAGGGUAACGUUGCCACCGAAGACCUUGUAUACAUGUUCCACAGCGCGGGUAUCAAUACGGACGUGGAUCUGGCCAAGUUAGUCGAAACGGGUGAAUGGAUCUCGCAACAGCUUUCCCUGUCCAAUUCCAGUCGAGCCGGGAAAGCCCUAUCCAUCAAGACGAGGCCGCAGAUCUCAGCACCCAAACCCUCCGUUUCCGAUCCCGAACAAACAACACCCUUAACAUGGACACUCGUCUCCUCGCCCGAGGGCCUGCUGAUCCACCGCAAUGGCCCAACCCUCAAAAUAACCCUUAACCGGCCCAAAAAUGGCAACGCCUUAACAUCCCCCAUGCUCUCCACCCUAACGUCAACAAUCCAAUCCGCCAACACCGAUCUCCAUACAACCCGCAUAAUCAUCACCGCAGUGGGCCGCUUCUUCUGCACCGGAAUGGAUCUUGGCCGGGGCAGCUCCUCCGUUGCCCAAGGUACAUCCGCGUCCGACGCACAGUUCGCUCGUCUCACAGCGCUGUACGAGGCCCUCGAUACAUCGCCCAAGGUUACCAUCGCGGCAUUGAAUGGGCCCGCAUUCGGUGGGGGCGUGGGUCUUGCAUUCGCGUGUGAUAUACGGCUUUGUGUCUCUGGUCCGGCUUGUACGCUCAGUGAAGUGAAGUUAGGGCUUGCGGCGGCGACUAUCUCAAGAUACGUUGUGAGAGAAUGGGGGGUCCCGUUUGCAAGGGAGGCGAUGCUGACGGCGAGGAGUGUGAGUGCGGAGGAGCUUUUAGCGAGGGGGUUGAUCUCUGGCGUUGCCGGGACCGCGGCGGAGUUGGAAGGGCAGUUGGAUGCAUUGUUGGUGAAGUUGAAGUUGUGCUCACCUGGCGGAUCGAGGAUGUCAAAGGAGUUGAUUCGAUUAGCAUGGGUGCAUGGAGGGAAGGAGGACCAGGCGAAGGGCAUCAAGGAGGUGUUUGAUGAGAUGAUGAGGGCGGAUGGUGAAGGGGCUGUUGGGUUAAGGGAGUUUCAGAUGAAGAGAAAGAUGGAUUGGGAUAAGUUUGUAGUUGAGUCUAAGCCAAAGUUGUAG